AUGCACAAACGCCAUCGCUGUAACAAGAAUAUUUACACGACGCGAUUUAGCCUGCUACUGCUAGAGGAUGGUGAGGUAUUCCUCGAUGACCACAGUGCAUGUCGAUACCUAGAGCCACAUACUUUCACACACCGCAAAGUGUUUGGACGAAUCAAGGUUUGCACUCGUGGAUUGUUCUUCGUGCCGCUCGAUCUUCAAUUGCCAAUACUGCGCUUUCCGUAUCGGUGCAUGUCAGCUGAACCCGUGGCUGAGUGUUUCUUACAAGCUCCAUUAAUCUUUGAAAGGAUUGAUGAGUCAAACGAUAGGUCACUUGUAUACGUAACAUUUCAGACCAAACAGGUGAUUGAAAUGCGAGAGCGAGGUACCGAUCAUCCAUAUAGAUAUAGAGAUACGACGGAAGGAUUGGACAGUACUAGCUCCAGCGAUUCUCUAAGCAAUAGUAGCAGUAGCAGUCUAAAUGGAGAUCGACCGGCCAAGUACAUCUUUACAUUGCAGCAUGUAGCGUACGAGGCGUUUCUAGCAAGUAUCCACGUCUUGUUUGAAGUUUCGAAUUUACCACGACAAAUGCUUAUCCAUUCAGAGGAAGCGACUUUACUUGCGCCGAUCUUAGCUCCGAGAAUGACAGACAAAUUUGAUUCAAGCCUAAUUAUCGAUUAUCGAGAGAAAUUGCUGAUGACAAACGGUUGUGUAGUGGAUCGAAUUGAGCCGCUUCUUAAAUUUCCUGGCUGUUUGAUGUUGACAAACCUGCGGUUGUACUUUCAACCAGCACAGCUAAAUAAUAUCUUCGAUCCGGUAUCGAAGUGGGAUUACACAAGUAUUGAUCAAGUUUAUAAACGUCGCUAUCUGCUACAGCAGAUUGGUCUGGAAAUUUAUUUGCGAAAUAAAGACAGCAUUUUUUUUUCCUUUCAAUCAGCAAAAGAACGGGAUAACUUUUACGCUCUCAUAAUAAGCCAACCAGAGCUCCAACGUUGCCGUCGAAAAGAUCUGCAGAGUAUGAUGCAAAAAUGGCAAAAUCGAGAGCUCUCAAAUUUUGAAUAUCUGCAAUUUUUAAACAAUGCGUCUGGCCGAACGUGUAACGAUUUGACGCAAUAUCCGGUUUUUCCCUGGAUACUACGGGACUAUACAAGCUCUAAUCUAGAUCUCAACGAUUCGGAUGCUUAUCGAGACCUUUCCAAACCCAUUGGAGCGCUUAAUGAAGAGCGACUGAAGUAUUUAAAAGCAAGAUACGAUAUGAUGCCUUAUGGUGAAAAAGCUGAAGGAAUGCCGCCACCUUUUUUAUAUGGAACUCAUUAUUCUACUCCUGGCUACGUGCUCUACUUCUUGGUCCGUAAAGUGCCAGAGUACAUGCUAUGCUUGCAAGGUGGGAAGUUUGAUGCACCAGAUCGUCUAUUUCGUAGUAUUAAAAGUACUUGGGAUGGUUGUUUGUCCAAUCAUACCGAUGUGAAGGAACUGAUUCCUGAAUUUUUUGACACUUCACUUCAAGCAGACGAAUGGCUGCAAAAUAUUAAGCAUCUUGAUCUGGGAUUGACGCAGAGUUUUGAUCGCGUGGAUGACGUGGAACUUCCGCCAUGGGCACAUGGAAGUCCGAGAGAGUUUGUCAGAUUAAACCGCGCUGCACUUGAAAGUGACUACGUGUCGGAUCAUUUGCACUGUUGGAUUGACUUAAUCUUUGGCUAUAAGCAACAAGGUGAUGAAGCUCUCAAGGCCAAUAAUUUAUUUUACUAUUUAUCGUAUGAGGGUUCAGUCGAUCUAGAGGCGAUCGACGAUCCUGUGCAGAAACGCUCACUCGAGUCACAGAUCCAGGAGUUUGGCCAAACGCCAAAGCAACUCUUUUCUUCACCUCAUCCAUCACGAAAUGAAGGUAAAGGAAGAGUGGAAGUUGCUACCCUUGACUUGUUGCUAUCUCCCAGGAUAUUAGUACCUCAAGUUCACCGAAUAUUGAAUUCUGUCGACAAUAUUGUGAAUUUUCGUCCUGCUCAUCAAAAGGUGAUGACAGCAAGUGUAUUUGAAGAAUACACAGACUCAGAAGAUGAAAUGGAGAAUGUAAUUUCGUGUCAUGAUAAAAGAAAUUGUUGUUGGUAUAGCCUCAAUUGUUUUCAAAGUGUGUGUAGCCGUCUUCCAACCGUUUUCAAUAGACUAUCUACUCAAUUGUGGGGAAACCACCUUACAUCAGGCAAGCCGUUAAAGAAUUGGCGAUGGAAAUUUCGACUUCGAUCUAAGUAUUCUUUAGCUACAACAUGGAGUUGGAAGCAAACAUCGUCGUGUCGAUUGCACAGAGGAGAAGUAACCAGUAUCAUUCUCACCAAAGACAACUCGAGUUUUUUUACAACGAGCAAGGAUAAAUCACUAAAGCUUGUCUCGACUCAGAAUACGGCCGUUAUUCGAAAUGUGUCAGGCGAAUAUGCUUUGUCCUGUUGUGAUCUUUCUCCAGAUGAGAGUAUCUUAUUUGUCGGAUCCUGGGACAAUAGCGUAUACAUGCAUUCGGUAUCGAGUGGAGUAGUACUGGACAAGGUGUUGGCGCACUCGGAUGGCAUUUCAGCCAUUUGUGUUCUACAAGACCGUUUUUUCACUAGCUCCUGGGACUCAAGUAUCAAACUCUGGCGCUACACAUCACAAUUUAUCGUCACAACGCCGAUUCGAACCUUUUUCGAUUGUGAAGAGUCCGUACUGUGUUUGGAUGUCAGUCGUGACGGUCGUUUUGGUGCAGCAGGCACUCGAAAUGGAUCUGUUUUUCUAUUUGAUCUUUACGCAGUAAUACUUCACCAUCAAGUUCAAGCAAGCUCUUCAUUUGGAGGUGGCAUCUCGUCUAUUACCUUCGCUCAAGACAACAAAUCGUACGUCUGUGUGACUGUGCAGAACCAAUUAUUGCAGUAUAAUCUUCGUGGUGAAUUGCUCUGGAGCAUGGACAUUCAAACAACAGGUCAAGUGCGAAGUUUCGACAGUGAUGGCACUUAUGCAGUGGGAGGCACUACGUCUGGCAAGAUUCUGUUUUGGAAGAUGCAUGAACAUGCAGGCACUGAAGUCGUUUGCGAGAUUCCACAAGCUCAUGAUGCUUGUAUCACCUCUUUGACUGUCAGUACUUCAGGUUCAGUGCUUGUGUCUGGCGCUGUUGACGGGUCGAUUAAUGUCUGGAACCUGUUGAAAAAGGCACCUUUAUCUCAAACAAAAGCUUGCAAUCUUUCAAAUCGUAAAGUGAUGUUUGAUUAUGGCUCCAUUCAAACAAGUAGCUCCAUUCUUCCGUCUUUCCAGACGAAGAAAACAUCAAGUUACACGAACUUGUACAUUUCCAACUAUACAUCUCAAUUCGCGGAAGCCGAGUACUAUCUAGAAUAUUAA